AUGUUUUCUUUCAUCUUAUGGAUUUGUCUUUUGAUGACGAUCGAAUCUACUGAUGUGACUGAAGAAGCUCCCACAAAUGCACCUGCGAAAACCACAGCUAUGCCAACGACUACAACAAUGACUACUACAACAAAUCUCGAACAAGCAGCCUCACGCGAGUGCCUUGAGGGAAACCAGGGAAGGGCUGAUGCGAUCGAUGUUUGCUUCAAUAUGGAUAACUAUUACAAUUGCACCUUGAAGCUCGACGAAGUCGACUGCUACAUUAAUGAGCGAAUUAGGCUUUGUGAAACGAACUUAACCGAAUACACCCAAAGAAUCAUGUGGAAAUUCGUGGUGAACUGGAUCAAUGAGAUCCAUUCCGGGAAUUGCACAGAGUACUUGAAGGACGAGCUCGGUUCUCGUUUGGAACCAAAAAUGAAUUGGAGAGCUCAAGAACAGCUUAUUUCCCGUCAAGAAGGCUCAAAAUCGGUCGAAAUGGAAAAAUGGAGCCACAGAGGCAACAUCGUGAUUAGCAAAGAUUCCGUGGGAUGGCUCGACAGAAGGGAGAAA